CUUAAGCGAAUAUCUUCCUGGCAUGAUGGAGCUGUGUACAAGAGUGGUAUAAAAGUUAACGCGUCCAACAGUAUAUCCCUACAGUCCUGUUACAGCUUGAGCUGAUCGUGGCAAAAGAAAAUGUAUUCCUUCGUGCUAUUACUUUUACAAACGGCAUUUGUAUGCGGUGCUCGCAAAAAUCUUAUCGCUCUCAAUGAACGAUCUAAUCAGUCCGGCAUGAUAAGAGGCAUCUCGGAAAUGGUGAACCUGCUUGCACCGAAAUCGUUGGUAAUUGUGGUUCAAAACGAAACGAAAAUCGAUCGCCUCGACAAGCUCACCGUGAUGAUCCAUCAGCACAACAUACCGACCUGCGUGUAUUACGAUCUGGAACAAUACUUCAGCUUGAUUAAGGAAAACCUCGUCAAGUCGCUGGAAAUUACAUCGCUUAUAUUCUGCCACCCGGAGGACAUGCUGCAGGACAUCAUCGAUCGACGGUUGGCACAUCGGCUGAGUUUGUUUAUCUUUUACUGGGGCGCUGCACAGCUACCGGCCACGCUGAACCCGAACCUGCUGAAGGAACCGUUUCGGGUGGCCAUUAUUACUAAUCCGCGGCGCAAUAUCUAUCGCAUUUUUUACAACCAAGCCAAACCAAACAAUCGUGGAGACAUGUUGAGUGUAAACUGGUUCGAUGGGAACGAUAUGACGUUCAAACGGGUACCACUGCUGCCGGCCCCGACGGAGGUGUACAAAAACUUUGAGGGACGCAUAUUUAGCAUUCCGGUGAUACACAAACCUCCGUGGCAUUUCAUCGUUUAUGGAAACGUGAGUGGCAACGCGGGGGAAAUGGCGAACAGCACCAACAGUGAGGCGGUUGGGUUCGAAAUGGAGCUGGAAAAGAAUGUUACGGUGGAAAGUGAUGAUACGUACUUCACGGUGAAAGGUGGACGCGAUCACAAUUUGAUGCAGCUGAUAGCAGAGCGGAUGAACUUCAGCUUUCAGUACGUGGAGCCUCCGGAAAAGAUUCAGGGAAUUGCGCUCGGUUCCGAGGACAAUGCCAGCUUUUCGGGCGCCCUGGGAAUGCUGCAGCGCAGAGAGGUGGAACUGUACCUUGGCGACGUAGCAGUGACCUGGGAAAGGAUGAAAGCGGUGGAAUUUUCGUUCUUUACAUUGGCCGAUUCGGCUGCAUUUGUAACACAUGCACCGCGCAAGCUGAACGAAGCACUAGCUCUCGUACGCCCGUUUCAGAUUACGGUGUGGCCGCCGGUAAUUAUUACAAUUUUGAUUUCCGGUCCUAUCUUAUAUGUCAUCAUCUCUACGCCCUAUCGAUGGAGAUGCGGUCAUAGUCGGCGCGGAACCUCACGCAAUCCCCCUGUUCACCGCAAGAGGUUCCGGCAGCGCAAACCAGCCUUCUACAACUUACGCUACAUCGAGGAAAUGAGCUACACGCGUGUCACGGCACGGCGAACGGAUACACUUAACCAGCAUCAGGAGUAUCCUAGCCUAGAUCGUUGCAUUUGGUAUACGAUCAACGUGUACUUACGGCAGUCGGCAAACAUUCCAUUCGAUGGUCAUCUGGCAAGGUUCUUCUCUAUCUUGCUUUGGCUGUGCGCUACCUACGUACUCGGUGACGUCUAUUCCGCACAGCUGACAUCCCAGCUGGCACGCCCGGCACGGGAGAGCCCUAUCAAUACACUCGGUCGUUUGGAAAACCGUAUGACCCGCGACGGGUAUGAGCUACUAGUCGAACGACAGAGCGCAUUCCAUGCUGCCCUGGUAAAUUCUACGGGCGUAUUGCAGCGGCUGUACCGCCUGACCAGACAGCGAGCGAUAAACGAUUCCUUUCUAGUCAAAUCGGUCGAGGAAGGCAUUCGUGUGCUGCAGAGCGAUCCCAAGCAUGCCGUGUUCGGCGGACGGGAAACCCUAUAUUUCAACACCAAACGUUACGGUGCCAAUCGGUUUCAGCUGAGCGAGAAGCUGUACACGCGUUAUUCUGCUGUGGCCGUGCAGAUUGGGUGCCCAUUUUUGGACAGCUUGAACGAGGUCAUUAUGCGUCUGUUCGAGGCAGGCAUUGUGGAGAAAAUAACCAUAGCGGAAUAUGAGCAGAUGUUCGGGCGCCACAAGGGAGGCAUAUCACACUCGGAGGAAACGGUGCGCUCCACGAAGUCUACGAAUUCCGACUGUGAUGCGGACGGUUCCGGGGCGAAACGAAAGACAGAUUCGAACGAUAAAUUGCAGCCAAUGAAUUUACGAAUGUUGCAGGGCGCAUUUUUGGUGCUAGCGUGUGGCCACUUGUUGGGAGGAAUUUGUCUGUUUGUUGAAAGGCACAUCAAAUUGAUCAACCGAUGUGGAGAAACUAUCGGUCACCUAGGAAGCGAAACGAAGUUUGCGUUCGGUCAUUUCUGCCACGGUGGCGAUGAUUCGCAGAGAACAAAUAACCUUUUGGAAUAGCGAGAAUCAUUUAUUUUUUUGUACUUUCGUUAUUUUUCCUCUCUCUCCCUGAUGGAACUUUAACAGCACUAUCGCAAAACACUUUCCGAAUACAUCUGGAAUAUGCUCACAA